UGGAAUACUGAACGUGAGUGCUGUUUGGUUUCUUGCCUUUGGAUUAAUCUUGUUUUAUAAUCCACGUCCAUCCGAGUCAGAACCGCGUUGGUGUUACAAGGACCCAGUCAGUAAACGCAGCAGCAUCAGAAUGCCUCGCAAAAUUGAAGAAAUAAAGGAUUUCCUGCUCACUGCCAGGAGGAAAGAUGCCAAAUCUGUUAAGAUCAAGAAGAACAAAGACAAUGUGAAAUUUAAGGUGCGCUGCAGCAAAUACUUGUACACAUUGGUCAUCACCGACAAAGAGAAGGCAGAGAAACUCAAGCAGUCCUUGCCCCCAGGUCUUGCUGUGAAGGAGUUGAAAUAAGAAAUGUGUACAUAAUUUGAGUUUAUUCUAAUAAAAUGUCUAAAAUACA